AUGGCCACACCGACCCAGAUGAAGCACGCGGCUUCGCAGCAGGGCCGGACCCCCUCGCAACUCACCGCAGCGACCCCUCCGGUGUCGACACCAUUCUCGGUGUCGCAAGCACAUGCAGCCUUCUCGCCCAGAGGGCCCAAGUCGUCGCCUCAGCAGUUUAAGAAAUCGCCCGCGACCUCGACCACCCUGAUGGGCCACCCUGCGAAUGGCGCCCUCAAUUUCGACAGUCCUUCUGCGGCAGCUGCCAUGGGCGCGCUUGGUAUAAGCGGUGGACUAGACAUUGGGCUGGAUCAUGUCGGCGUCGGAGGGUUCGGUGGCCUGGGAGCACUGGGCAGCGAGGACGACAAGAUCAAGAGACUGGACGGAGUCAUUGAAAUCCUCGGGAAGGCGAAAGGACGAGUCAGCGAAGCCGGGCUCGAGCGACUUACGCUCAGAACAGGUCUUACUAGUAUGUGGGAUGAGCAUAGGUCGCCCGACGGCAGAAAGACGAGGAUGUUGGUCAUUGCCGGUCAGGCUUUGACGAUUGAUAUCGAGCUGAACAACAACAUUGUGGAGAGCGUCUCGCUGGGCUUUCCGGAGUCGGGCCCCAUCGUCACGAGGCACAAAGACCGGGCCGGAAACAUCCUCCUCAAGGACCUGCAACUUCGCCCCGACCAGAGCCCGUUGACCAAGACGCUAGAAAAGUUCUCUGCAAACCUGGAGCGGCUGGCAAACCUUGACAAGCUGAGCGUCAUCCCCGGACUAGACUGCCAGGAGGCCCUGGCUGGCAUCUUUGAGAGUCUUGAGAGGCUCCAUAAGUGGGAACUGUCGAAGCUGCGGGAGGACCCUGCCCUGAGCGGCAAGCCAGACCGGUUUCUCGAGAUAACUGUCAUGUGCACCAAGAGCGGUCGACCCAUGAUGCACACGAGAGACAUGGUGGGACUCAGCAUCGAGUAUUGGACCGAGAGACGCCAUGUCAUUCCCAGAACGCCAGAAACGGCGCGCUACUGCGAGAAAAUGGAGAAAGUAUGGUCGAUUCUCAUAGGUUGCAAGGCGAUCGAUGGUAACAUGUUCCCUCCAGUCCGGGUAACAGAGAACUGGAUUUCCCAAAAGGUGGAAAAGGACGAGCCUGGACCUGAAGACAUUCUCGUUGCAGCUUCUGGACCGGCCCUCGACUGGCUGGAACCGGAGCCCACGACGCUACCCCAGACCGACGACAACAAGGAACCGGGUAUCGACGUGGUGCAGCCAGAUGGCACGACGCACAAAUAUCCAAAUGUCAAGUUUGUAGCCACGCUCACCCCUUCGGUGAUCGUGCCACAAUCAGUAUGGAACACGCUGCAUACCCUCACAGGGGCGCAGGCGCAGCCUAUGCCUCUGCCCACCUACACGUUCGACAGUAUCUCGUUCCCAAUACCCGAGGGUAUCAACCACGAUGCGAGCGAGCUCCGCGUCAUCUCCUGCAAGAGAAGGGUCCAGGUCCCCGGCGACGGCGACACCGUACCGUGGCGGAAGCACAAGAACACGCUACUUAUCUACAAGCCCGUGUAUGGCCAAACCGUGACGGACCUCUCCUUCUCGCACCCGCGGCAGCUGGUGGCAAUGCUCCCCAUCCUUCGCCAGUAUGCCUUUAUAUCAACCUUGCUGGAGAGAAGCUUCGGCUCCAAAAUCACCGGCGAGGCCGUACCGGAGGUGGACGAUUCCAUCGUCAUUAGUGAUACCACCACGACGCAGGCCGAGUACGACAGGUUCAUGUCCCAGACCUAUGAUGCCGACGAGCAGGAGCUUACGCUUGACGUGGUGCUGACUGUCCAUCCAUCGGCCGGCCUCCACGUCGUUUUCCCCUUCCGAAACGCCACAGCCAACAUCGACCUGCAGAUACAGCAAAACGGGGUGGUUCACGUGGUGUCACAAAACGUUGUUCCGGCCAACGGCGAAGACGUGGCAGAGACGGACAAGGGCAAACAUAGGCAACUUACCCCGCAGGACCUAGGCAGAUUGCUUGAGGUGAUGGAAGAUCUUUGCUCCUGGGCGGAAUGGAUCCGGAAGAACCUAUCUUAA